CCUGAAGAAAAUAUUCAAAAACGAACGGCCCUGUAUAAGAAAUCGCUUAAUUACCCAUCGUUACCGGCACAUGAAACAUUAAUGAAAUUUCAAUGCUAUUCGCAAGAAUGUGCAAGGCACAUCUUUGUGUGUCGGUCGAUUCGAAAAGCAGUUAGAAAGUGGAGGCGAUUCGAGAAAAUUUUAUAUUUUAUUUGCAUGUGGUGUUAAAACGAGGAUUACCUACCUAUAGCGUUCUUGUGAAUGUUGUGAUAAAGUUUUCUCAAAAACACGGAGCCGUAAAAAUGUUUGUUUAACCGAUCAAGCUAGUAUUACAUUCGUUGGAUAUUAUCGUUAUAAAUGAGGGCAAUAAUUUAGAUAAUUCAAUUUGAGUGGAAACAUCAAUGAAGCUGUGAGUGGUCAGUGGUCAUCAGUCACAAUGGCAAUGGAAAAGAUAGAGAAUAAUGAAAAAGCCCAGAGUUCAUUCAGAGAGAGCCUUCCGCAAAUUCUGGCCGUAAGCAUUAAAAAUGUCCUGCUUCUUAUUCAUGGAAUGAGUCUAGGAUUCACGACCAUUCUUAUUCCGGGAGUGUCCGGAAACGAUAUAAAUGAGCCAAUUCUACUCGGUCAGGAAGAGAUAUCGUGGAUAGGCUCGAUAAACCUCAUAUUCGUUCCGCUUGGGUGCGUUUUCUCCGGCACUCUCACGCAAAUCGUCGGAAGAAAAAAAGCGAUGCAAUUUGUUAACAUUCCAUUUUUAACAGCUUGGUUGCUGUUCUAUUUCUCCACCGCAUCUUGGCAUAUCUUCCUGGCAGCUUCACUGUUGGGCUGGAGUGGAGGAUUACUGGAAGCUCCAGUUUUAACAUACGUAGCAGAAAUAACCCAACCGCACCUGAGAGGUAUUCUAUCAUCCACCAGCACAAUGUCGGUAACUCUAGGAAUGCUGAGCCAGUUUAUAUUGGGGGCAGCUUUGGACUGGCGAACAGUCACCUUGGUGAAUUGUGUCCUACCGUUAAUUUCGUUCUGUUUGCUGAUGCUGAUACCGGAAACUCCGGUUUGGCUGCUGACUAAGAACAGACACGAGGAGGCCAAGAAGAGCAUCGCGUGGCUGCGAGGCUGGACCUCAGUGGAGAACAUACUAGAGGAAUACCAGGAGCUUUACGCUCAAAUCAAAGUGCGGGAGGAGGUGGAUAACUCUUUCAGGGGAAUUCUGAAGAACAAGGUCAAAAACAUAAAGCUCUUUGGACAAAAGAACUUCUUAUGGCCUUGCUUGCUGGUCUCAUUCGCUUUCUUCCUAGGCCACUUCAACGGGUACUCUCCAUUCCAGGUGUACGCCAUAAAGAUUUUCCAAGCUCUGCACGCUCCUUUGAACGAGUAUUACUCAACUAUAAUAGUAGGAGUCGUGCAGUUGCUCGGAACAUCUAUAUCGGUGGGUUUAAUACACGUGUUUGGUAAAAGAAUACUUAAUUUUAUAUCGUUGUUUGGAUCCGGGGUGUGUGUCUUAAUAGUCGCGACGUACUCUUAUGUUUACAACAUUACCGAUUUUGAAGAUACGAGCAAUUCUAUUACCAACGCGACGUUGACGGGUCCAUUGGACUCGGAGCCUCAUACGUGGAUCCCCGUAGUGUUUCUGACGCUGUUUGGGUUCUUGUCCUACGUGGGUAUCAAGAUCCUGCCGUGGGUUCUUAUCGGGGAAAUAUUCGCGGUGGAAAUCAGGGCAACAGCCUCUGGAGUGUCAGCUGCGAUUGGUUACUUGUUCGGUUUUACUGCGAAUAAAACUUUCCUGCAUAUGGUCAGUAGUUUUACGCUGCCGGUGGUGUUUUGGGUUUACGGCGCUGUCGGGGUCAUUGGUACUGUGGUUUUGUAUUUCGUCCUGCCGGAGACGGAGGGGAAAAGCUUGUACGAGAUUUCUGAGCACUUCGCAGGACGCGGGAAGUUAAAAAACAGCGUAAGAAAGGGCAAUAAGCAGCAGUAUGGGUGCAGUAACAGCGCUUUUGAGCACGAUGAGAAGGACGAUAAAUUCGAAAGCAGGCUAUAAAUGUUUGGACUAGUACCAAUAAAAUAAUUUACUUAAAUGUACGAAGAUUAAAUGUCUGAUUGUGAUAGUACCAUA